CAUUAUCCAUGAAGGUAGAAAGUGCGAUGUGAAAGCUGGGGAGGUAUUUUGUAGGUGGAGUGAGCUGUUUCUAAGGACGUGUGGAGGGGAGGAGAGAGAGCAACCCCUCUAAGUCGCCACGCCCAUGGAAACACAGCACAAAGACUUUCUCACACUAAUCUUGCUGCUUAACUGUGUCCUAGGAAUAGUCAUAUAUGCACUGAGGCUAUAAUUAACGGGUGUAAUGUUACGGAAGUAUGUGUGGGUGGAUGUUGUAUGGAAAGGUGGGAUGACAGCAGCUGUGAAGGUCAAAAACGAGAAGUUCAAGGUGUCUCCAAGGGUGAGAGUGGCUUUCUUUAGCGGUAUUUGGUACGCUGUGAGCUCGCUGGGGGAAGUUUUAAGCGCAGUAUACCAGCAGAAGGCAAGCCAGUGUGAACCCUUGUGAUAGGAGUGGGAAAUACCAUCAGAGACAUGAAGAGUGAAGAGGACCCCACCAUAGACUCAGCCUCGGAGUCGUUGAAUCAGAGUGAAGUGCAGACACUGGUUGAACUGCAGUUGUCAGAAGUGGACAUGCUUCAGUCGAUGUUCCCUGGGCCCAGAGAGCUGGUGGUGGAUGACCCUUCGGUGCUCUGUGACUUGAGGGACUUUGCCGAGGGCCGCACCACCCUGCUGCCGCCACACCUCGAACUCGUGAUAAACCUGGAUGUGGAAAAGGGUCAGCUGAGCAUGAGUGUCAACCUGCCUCACCAGUACCCAGCUGUGCAGCCGACAGUAUUUGUACGCUCCCAGACCCUGUCACGGGAAGCACAGCACCGCCUCAACCAGGACCUCCUCACGUACCUCAAGACCAUACAGGAAGGAGACCUGUGCAUAGGACCGGCUGUCACUUGGCUGCAGGAGAAAGGUGGAACAUUUUUUGAAGACUACCCACAAAUGGAAAAUACAGAGGAUGCUUCGGUGGAAACAAAAGAUGACAAAUUUGCACGUCUAUGGAUAUAUUCUCACCACAUCUACAGUAAAGUAAAGAGGAAAGAUAUACUUGAUUUGUCUCGAGAGUUUGACUUGACUGGGUUCUGUCUGCCAGGCAAGCCAGGCAUCAUCUGUGUGGAGGGUCGCACCCAGAACACUGAGGACUGGUGGCACAAGGUGCGAUCAUGGAAUUGGCAAAAGAUUUUGUGUAAGAAGCGUGAAGAAGUCAACAUUUCCAGCGACCAAGACUUGUCUGCACUUCGGAGAUUUUCAACAUUUGAGGAGCUCGGCUCAGAAAACAACAUCCGAGUGAAGAACGGCGGGUUCCACGUGAACAUGGGAGAUGUAUUCAGGUACCUGGAGGAGCAUGAGUGUGGCUACGUGUUCAAGGAUUACUUUGGCAUUAGUGGGAGGCCAACAUGAUUUUCAUGCUGAGAGAUGGUAAAAUGAAGAUGUUGCUAUAUAUGUAGUAUACAAAUAUCAGAAAUUAUUUUAUGGAGUCAGAGACUGAAUUUUAUAUAUAUAGUAUAUGAAUUGGUAUAUACACAGAUAUAUUUGUCUGCAUAGAUGGUUUUGGAGUAUAGUUUUUUUCCAGUCUGUGCAGCAAUGUCUGCCUCCACCUUCAUACAGACCAAUGUUUCUCCCUGCCUUGCCUCUUGAGACUGAUGGACUCUUUGUAUCUACUGAGCAGUUAUUUUCUCACAUUUAUUUUGGUGAUGGCCAGCACUGUCAUGUGGAUGAUGGAGGCUUCAAUGUGGACAAAAUAAGUAAAGAAUAAAGAGCAAGGAUCUGAGAAACAUAAUUACUUGAAGUUGAGGCAUUUUUGUAUGGAAUAAGAUUCUGGUCCAUUUAUGGAAAAAAAAAGUUGCAACUUGAAUGACAUCUAGUAAUAGAAGAUAAAAAUAUGAAAAUUUUUGGAAGACAAACAAAUCCAGAUCCAGUGUAGAUUGGAAUCCAUCAAUAAUUCUUGGCACUGAUCCUGGUGGACAUGAGUUAUCACAGGUAAUUCGGUUUAUAUUCAUGUUCCACUUCCACUGUACAAAAUACACACCAUGGAUUGGUAAAGCCAUGCUUGGCCUAGCAGAGCCUCACCCAGGCUGCCUCAAUUGCAGCAGCACAAGUGCACAAUGCUUUGUCAUAAGAUAAACUGAAUGCUUUGAUCUGUUCACUCAUUGCAAACGCAGGAAUAUAUAUUCAACUAUGCAUGUAGUACAAAGCUUGAUGCAGAAAACUGUUAAGAUUAUAAUGUAGUAGCAAAAAACACCAGUAAAUUCAUAACAGCAGAAAAUACUUGUUUACAAGCCAGCAAGAAAAUUUUAGUGUUUUUAACAGUUGUCUUUAAACUCUUUCAUCAUAUCUUCACAGUCCUCCUCUCUUAUCCUUUGCUUCAUCUUGACACUACUGUCACUCACCUAAAUGAAAAGUUAUAUAUGGUUGUGAAUAUAUAUAAAUACUAGUUAUGUGGUACCUGAGAUCAGCCUCAGUUUGUGUUGUAAUGACACACUGUAUUACUAUAUAGUUGUAUGACAAAUUGUCUGCCUCAUUGUCUUGAGCAUUUUUGUUUGAAUGUGUGUCCAUUGAGGAUCCACAGCCAGUACAGUGUUGGUAAUGUGUGGUGACUAACACUGCCAAUGCCUAACCUGAAGUAAGGUGUAUGUUGCUCUCAGGUCUGUUUCCAAGUGUUUCCAGUAUAGAUCAUCUAUCUCAUCAGAGGUUGCCUAACUUUAGUGUGUCGUUGUUGUUGUUGUUGUGUGCAUUCUGAUGCAUCCUUUGUAAUUUAGUAUAAGCAAAAGCUUCAGUCAGUUGUUGAAUUAAGAGGCUAUUAGGUUACCAAUGAUGUGAAUUUUCUUAACAGAAAAUAUGGAUAUAAAUCAGUUAAAUGGUUUGCAAGGACUUGUUCAUGCAAAGUUUUUAGGGAGGAAGAUGGAAAUAUGUAUCACUCUCUGAAGUGGUCUUACUAGCUUGAAAUGAUGCUUGUAAAAUAUGGUAUUUCCCAUUACAAACUAAUACAUUUAUUUUUAGAUACUUUCUCUGAAAGAGGCAGAAGUAUUCAAAGCUUUUGAAGCUUAGAAAUAACACAGAAAAUCAUGCCAUAACUUGACACUAAGUAACCAGCAUGUGCAGCUCAGCCUGGGAUUAGAAGAGAAAAGGAUUUGGUGACAGUUCCUUAUGAUAUGAAGGAACUGAAAUGUGUAGAGAUUCUUACCUGGGACGUUGAAAGAAUGCAAAGAUCUGAGUAUAAAAUGCAAUUGUUUAUCUAUAAAUCAAGUCAGCAGUCCUGCAAAGAGGUGGACAACCAAGACCACACACACACACACACACACACACACACACACACACACACACACACACACACACACACACACACACACACACAUCCCAAGACUAAAUUAAAAUACAUCAUGCCCAAGGCCUUUAUAUGUCCAGAAUGUGUUUAUAAAAAUCAGCUUCCAAAAUAGGAAUGAUGAUCUUUGGAACAUUUAGUAGGUGGAAUUGGUAUGAGCAAAGAAUAUGAGGUUCAACAGCAUGAAUGUUAUUAUGGAAACAACAACACAAGCUCAACUCAGAUCCUGCAUGCUGUGACUAGACUGGUAAAAUGCAACGGAGGAAUGCUAUCCUCUGUACCUUUAGAAAGUAGUGUAGAAAUUUAAUGUAAAAUAAAGGUGUGUAUUUAGUGGAACUGGAUGACAUAAUUAUGAGGUGUUAUGUUUUGUUAAAGAGCAUUGUCAUUGGGGUGACCCUUCUCUUUAUUGUAAGCUUCUAGUCUGUUAAGUAAUAACGAUUGCUGUGAAAUGUUGUGCAAGACAAGUGAGUGCAGAGUGGUGGUGGGAGGAAACAGGAUGAAACAGAAGUAGUUUGUCUCUCAACUACAACAAAGUACUUCUGCUUCACCCUAGAUGAAACGCAAAUAGUUUGUCUCUCAACUACAACAAAGUACUUCUGCUUCACCCUGUGCUUCCUCUCACCUCAGCAUUUCACAUGCUCCUCACACUCAACAAAACAUUCCUACAAAUCACAGCAUUACUGUUACUGGCAUCCUGGAAAACAUUGUGAAGUGGUGCAGGCUUGGUUGGUCUGGGUCCAAACUUCUUUCACUACUACUGUAUAUUCCAGAUGUGGUGGUUGUUCCUAAAUCAAAAUAUACUAUAAGGGAAACUAUUGCUCACUAAUAACUAUUUUAUGCUCCAUUUUUCUUUUCCUAUUAGCAUUUUAUGUAUAGAAAAUUUUCUAGUAAUCAGUAAAUUAAAACCCAUCAGCAAUGACCAAAAUACAUUCAGCCUUUGUGAUUGGUAACAUGCCAAACUUGUGUGUUUACCUUGAGUGUCUUGCCAUGGGUUCAGUCCCUGGCAACAUCCUCUCAUGGUCGAUUUUUCCUGCCUUCAAUUCAGUUUCUCAAAAAGGCCGUGAUGUGUUAUAUAUGCUGGCUGGUGGCAAGCAGGUGGUAUGUUAUUUAUGCUGGCUGGUAGCAAGCAGGUUUGUGAUGGAAUGUAUGAUGGACUGAUGGGACUCUUGACUUACACCAUGUUUUGUAGAUCUUGACAGCAAAUUGACUUCACCCUUGCUGAAAGUUACAAAAUACUGUAUCUCAAAUUCAGAUUCCUCUUUCUAGAGAAAAAGCAGUGAGUCUAUUUUAGAAAAUGCAUUGAUCAACCAUCAUAGCAAGAAUAGAAACCAAAUGCCAGAUGGCUUAAGUUUUGCAUCUUUUGCCCUUGCUACAAGGUACAAAGUAAUGUAUCUCGGAUUUAGGUUUCUCUGUCUGGAGAAAAUAUCAGUGAGUCAGCUUAAGAAAACUAAUCAAUCUUCACAUUAAGAAAAGAAACUAGUUGGCAAAUGUUUAAGUUUUGUAUCUUUCAUCUUUACUUUAAGUUACAAAAUACUGUAUUUCAAAUUCAGGUUCCUCUCUCCAAAAAAUAAAUAAAUAAAUAAAUAAAUAAUCAGGUGCUUAAGAAUACUAUUGAUUAUCAUACUUCACCACAAGAAUAGAAACUUAUUAGCAAAUGUCAAAGUUUCCUAUCUUCCUUAUUCAAGUGUUGUGUUUGUAGCUGUUGUUGUUACUUGUGGUGGAACAGUGGAUUCCUCACCCAUGGAUCCUGAUUACAAAGUUAGGGUGAAUUACAAGGUUUAUUUUCAUUAAUUACCAUUAUUUUGGUAUCUUCUCUCAUAAGAGUUUGAUCUCAGAAGUUGGAGAAAGUAAUAUAUAGGAGCUAGUAGAAUUAAUAUAUUUGCUUUUGUUAAUUUAUCAAUUUACAUAUUCUGUAUUUGGUUUUAGCCUUAAGGGAUCAGUUCCACACACAAAAAAAAAUAAGUGGUUGCUUUAUUCUGUUACUUAAUAAUUGAUUAUCUUUAAUUCCUAUCCACAAGGCAAGGAUUUUGAAUGUGUCCAAAAUAAUUUUUAUGUAAAUGGCAGCUUAAUGAAACAGACAGAGACAGAGAACUGGCAAGUCUUCAUACUAAUAAUGUUUCCCACAUCAAAUCUGUGCCAAGGCAAGGGAAAGCUGUUUUCCUUAUUUUCCUUUAUUCAUUGUGUACUUAUUUUCAUCAUCUUAAUAAUUUCCUUUCUUUGCACUGGAGUGUUCCUGCAACUCAAACAGCACAGUGUGUACAAGCACCACAGAAUGCCAUGUAUUGCUCAUCACCAAGUAGUAAGGCCAAUGUUGCCAUUAUUGUUGUCCCUGGUGGGAGGCCACAUGGCAAAGCCUGCACCUGGCGGCCAGCACUGACAUUGUCAAACAGCAAGGUGUAAACAUGAUCACAAUGAUUGACAAACAUACCAUGUAUGUCUCGUCUGUACCAAGGCCUCUUUAUAGUUAUUUUAUUAUAAUUUCAUACCAUAAGCUAGUAGUAUACUAUGUAGGUAUAUCCAAUUGGAUAUGAUGUGUUGCCUACAUUUGCUUAUGCAUUGAUCCGUGAGCAUAUAACCCUCACUUAGUUUUUAUUUAGAGCUGCUUCAGUAUUUUAUAUUAUGGGAAAAGUAGUAAAUUACAGUUACAGGUGUGGGCAAAUAAUAUGUACUGGUUUAUAUGAUGUAGGUACUGAUGAAGUGUAACCUCAUAUUUCCAGAUACUUUGGUCUUCAUUCUUGGUAUGAUCGUAACUUCGUGAAAAUUGUUUCUACGAUAGCAAAUGGUCUCUCUAUUGUGUUCCAAAGUUUAUACUUCCAGAGUCUUAUUUAUAUGAGAAUAUAUUAAAGUUUGUGUAUAAA